UAUUGCUUUUUGCACUUAAGUUAUGUUUCAGACAAGGGAUGUUUCCUUGCUCCCUUAUUCUAUAUCAAAUUGAUAUGUAAUAUCACCUCCUGGCAACCAGGUUAAUUGUAUACUGGUAAUAAUGCCGGUUCAAACCCCGCAAUGGUCUGAGUUUCUCUCCUGUCCUGUCUGCCAGAAUGAUUUUGAGACUACUGGUCGUGUUCCAAUAUCUUUGUCCUGUGGACAUACAGUCUGCCAGACAUGUCUUCAAUCCCUACAGCGGAAUCAGUGUCCAUUCGACCAGAAUCCAAUUGGAUUGGAGUUGAGCAAGCUACCCGUGAAUACAGCUCUGCUUCAGCUUGUUGGUUCUGGAUAUAUACCUCCACAAUAUAGGAAUGUUGCUGAAAUGACUGAGAGUGAGGUAGGGUUCUACAACUGUUCUAUCAAAUACCUGGAGGACCUGGCCUUACUCCUUAAACCCAGCCAGUCUAGCCAGCUAUCCAGGCCAAUGCAGAGGAAGCUGAUAACCCUGGUGACCUGCCAGCUGCUGCAGGAGGAGGGGAGAACAAGAGGGGUCAGAUCAGCCAGAUCUCUGGGAGAGCGGAGUGUUACAGAACUCAUCCUUCAACAUCAGAAUCCUCAGCAGUUGAGUGCCAACCUAUGGGCAGCUGUUAGAGCUAGGGGUUGCCAGUUCCUUGGUCCUGCUAUGCAGGAGGAAGUAUUGAAACUUGUUCUGUUGGCCCUGGAGGAGGGUUCUGCUCUCAGUAGGAAGGUUUUAGUAAUGUUUGUUGUUCAACGGUUAGAGCCACAUUUCCCACAGGCCAGCAAAACUUCAAUAGGUCAUGUUGUUCAGUUGCUGUACCGAGCAUCCUGUUUUAAGUUUCACACAAUGCUUGUUCCAGGAGGUUUAAGAAUAGCCCCGGAUCAGUGGUCUAGCCUGCUGUAUGGGGAUUCAGCUCAUAAAUCUCAUAUGCAGUCAAUCAUAGAUAAACUACAGACACCACAGUCAUUUGGUCAGUCAGUUCAGGAGCUGGUGAUUGGACUUCAAAGAACAGGAGAUCCUGGACGCCUGUCAAGUUUGAGACCUCAUCUAGAAACUUUGACAAACAUAGAUGGCAGUUCAGAUUCAGAGGUCCCCUCCUGGCCUGAGGUUGUCGAUGCCUUGAAAUCAGCUUAUGCAGUUGUAUCGGGGCUAAUCAGCUUCUGUAAUCUAACUGGGGCAAAGAAGACCGGAGAGACAUACAACGGGCAUUUAACAAGGUUUAAAACCAGUAUGUGCAGAGACCUUGCCCAGCAUGGUUCUUGUCCAAGGGGAAAUAACUGUACUUUUGCUCACACUCAAACAGAACUUGAGUUUCACAGAAACAGUUCUAGAGUGCGGCCUAAUCUGAAGGAUGAAGAGAUGAAUCGGAGAGGUCUGGAAGAGGAAGAGGACGAAUGUCGUCUUAAUAAAGACGGAUUCAAUACAGCUGAACAAAGAGACCUCACCCCAAGGGUUGUUUCCAUGCCUGUGUCUAAUCUGAUAAAUGGAAAUAGUGCUCGGGAUACUUCUACCUUCCAAUCCGAACAACAUUCCAACCUAGAACCGACUGGAACAUCAACAGAGAAGUCGUCAGCUCAAAACAUGGAUCCUUCUGUAGAUUCCAACAAUCAGCCUCUAGCUACUGAACAUCAAAGUUCUCGUGACCGACAUCCAUCAGCCCAGAAUCCUCCGGUCAUUAUGGGUACAGGGCAGGUUGUUCAGAUGCAUCAGGAGUUUCUUUGCCCGCCGCCAAACGGAACUGGGCAAAUUCAAUUGCCCCCGGCACCAAUUCAGAUGCAGAUGACACCGGGUCAAAUAUUGCUCAGGCCAGGAAUAAUGCCGACUGGGCAAAUGCAUGUUGCUUCUGGUCAGAUUCAGAAUACUGGGCAAAUAAACCAUGCCGGUCAAAUGCAACAUAUUGGUCAUAUACAAGGUCAGAUACAAAAUACUGGCCAAAUAUUACAAGCUGCUCAAAUUCAACAUGCUGCCAAUAUUCAACAUGCUGCACAAAUCCAGCAUGCAGCGCAAAUGCAGACUGGUCAGAUUCAGCAAACCGGUCAAAUACAGCAUGUCGGUCAAAUGCAGCAUGUCGGUCAAAUGCAGCAUGCAGGUCAAAUACCACAGAAUGCCCAGAUUCAGCACGUCCAAAUAGGUCAGUUACAGACCAUCCCUGGACAUGGUGGAAACCUGCAUGUACAGCAAGGACACUCAAACCAGAUUCUGAUGAUGCCUGGAAUACCUGGAGGAACUCAGGUGUCCCCUCUUGUGGAUGCCAAUGGUACUCCAAUGAUUGAUAUGGCAACAGGUCAGCAAUUGGUAGCUGCACACACCCCUAUGCUGAAUCCUGCUCUACAGUUACAAGAUGCUAAUCUGUACCCUGUACAGAUGCCAAUGCAGCAGCAAGUACAGAUCCCUGUACAGCAACAAGUACAGAUCGCAAAUAUCCAGGAUAUGCCAAUACGACGGAUCGGCCAUGAGAUAAGCCCCGAUCUAGCGAGUAAAUCUCUGUCAGCACUGAAGGACCGAAAGGAGGAGAUAAUUACAGAGCUUGGAGAUAUUGUAGGUCCCACUGCUGCUAAAGCUAUUGGAGAUAUAACCCUGCAGCAGGCCUCAAACCAGAAGUUUGGAAUGAACGACGCGAUUCCUGGAGUUCAAAGUCGACGUAACAGUGGAACCGAAUCCAGUCUGAUUUGUAGAAUUACCGGGGCUGACACUAAUAUGUCUGGCCUGUACGGGAUCUGGACAAGUAAACCUCUUGUUACCAUUUCUAAUAUUCAUCAAGCUGUACAUACAAAUACUCCAGAUGACAAGAAAAUUGGGGAGAAGAAAGAUGAAGACGAUGUUAAGCCUUUACCCGAAGGUAUCUGCGUAUCAAGGUUCGGACCAAUAUCUCGACGUAACAUUAACACUUCAGGACUUCAUCUCAAUUCAGAACCUAAGUCUGUAAUGUCCCGGCAUAUGUCUGGUUCUGGAACUAAAUCCACCUCUUCAAUAAUGCAAGCUCUCUCCUCUCCCUCUCCUGUACCAGACAAUAUCAUGCUGGUGACGGAUCAGAACAUGCUGUUUGAGUACAAUCCCGGUUACUACACCGAUUAUUAUCCUGAGGGAAUGGAUUCUGUGUCUAUGCAGCACCUUGUUAACCCUCCAAUCCUUCCUGUCUCUCCUAUGCCCAACCCCAGGGAUCAGGGUCCUAGAAUAAGCUCCCAAAAUAUCAGCAUGUUUGUGGAGACUAACAGAAUUCAGAAAGAGUUGCAGGAGUUACAGCGGCGGAUUAGCUGCCUUAGUGUGGCGGAGAACUCGGCACAAAUGGCUAUUAAGAGGGAUAGACUCGCCUUCGAGUUGAGGAUGAUAGAAGGCGGUAUACAGGAGAGGAACAAUGAGAUGGAUGACGUGGAAGAGGAAAGCAAGGAAACUAAAAACCAAGAAUACUCAUACUGGUAGAACCAGAGCUCUACGAGUCUACAUCCAAGAAAUAUCUAUGUAAUAUAUAGACCAGGAAUUUUUUCAGUUUGUUCUGUAUACCAGUGCAGUUUAUAAUUAAGAAGGGGGUUGGUGUUUUUUUCCUUCCACGCACUGCAGUACACUGCUCUGUACACAAACAUAUAUUCUGUUCUCAGGGUCACUAAAAAAAGUCUUACAGAAGAAUUUUAGUUGAAACCUAAUAAAAUACCCUUAAUUUUUUUCAUUAUUUAAAUCCAAUAUUAAUGGAUUUAUGGAUGGAUUAGUCUCCAUUUUAAGAAAGGAUUGAUUUAUCUCAUUUCGUUUAUUUAUAAGUUUUCAGCUCUAGUGUGUUUCCUAUGAAUACAAUCUUUAUGUAAAAUUUAAGUGAACGAAGUUUAAAUAUCAGCAUAUUGACUGAUCUGAACUAACUCUAAUAUGAGGAACAGAUAAAAUCGUAUAUUAGCAUAUUGACUGAUUUGAAUGAGUUCUGAUAUCAGCAUAUUGACUGAUUUUAUUCAUUCAAAAUAUCAGCAUAUUGACUGAUUUUAUUCAUUCAAAAUAUCAGCAUAUUGACUGAUUUACAUGAAUUCAAAAUAUCAGCAUAUUGACUGAUCUGCAUGAGUUCUAUAUCAGCAUAUUGACUGAUUUAUUAAUUCAAAAUAUCAGCAUAUUGACUGAUUUUAUUAAUUCAAAAUAUCAGCAUAUUGACUGAUUUACUUGAAUUCAAAAUAUCAGCAUAUUGACUGAUUUUAUUAAUUCAAAAUAUCAGCAUAUUGACUGAUUUAUUUGAAUUUAAAAUAUCAGCAUAUUGACUGAUUUUCAUGAAUUCAAAAUAUCAGCAUAUUGACUGAUUUUACCAAUAAAAAAUCAUCCUUUUGGAUUUGCAUAAAUUCUUAUGUCAGCGUAUAGACUGAUAAAAGCUUCUUUACCCAAUUUGGCACUUCUUUAAUGAAAAAAAUGUUCGUUCGUCAUUAACGUUAAAAAUCACCUAUUUAAUCACUUUGUUUUAUAAAUAUUCGAUUAUACUGUAAGAACAUGAACCUUUCUGAAAUAAUGUUGUCUUCGUUGUUUCGUUAAUGAUGCCGACUAUCCAACUUUUUUAUCAUCAAUCUUUAGCAUGCAGUCUUCGGGAAUGACUGAUCUGAAAUCAGGAAAUUUCAUUGAGAACUUGUAAACUGUGUAAUUCGAAUAAGACUUCUUCUUUCUUGGUAACAACAUCAAAUACACUUGAAGAUUGAUGUAAUGUCGUCUUUCUAUUACAUAGUUUUCAGGUUCUCGCCAGGUUUUUUUUGAAAAUUUUAAUUAAUGGUUAAAUUUAAGGAUUUUUUCUUAAUUUAAGAACUUAUGUUUUUACGCGGGACUCAUUGUCUCAUUGGAUUCUUGGGAUCAAUUAAUAAAGCAUUAAUUUACUUCAUUUUUCUGUAAAGAGUUUGUUCUACCUUCUAUUGUCAUUUUAACUGUAGUUUUAUGUAAACUAUUGAUUGCUUUCUUCGAUGAGAAAUUCGUUUUUAUUCGAAUAUUCUUUCUUAUUUUAUUACUCAUGAAAUUCAUGCACAUUUUUGAAGUUUUCUAUUUUUGAAAAUAUUCUUAAAUCUUUAAUUUAUUUUGAUUUCAAAAGUCUACUUUCUAUUAAAAAAAAUUUUUCAUAUUUUCGAUUUUUACAAGUUUUACAUUAAUAAACCCUAUAUUAGGCGGCGUUAAUGUUUUUUGUGCAUUUCUUGUAACAUACCAGUUAGUAAUAUUCAUAAUUCAAAAUUAUCAAAUUUUUCAAACAAAAAAGAAUUGUUUUAAUUGUUAAAAUUCAACUUUUUUCCUGUAUUAUAAUAAAUGGGCUAAAAUAA